AGUUAGAAGCAUACGACGAUGAUGCGAAUAGAACAGCUUCUCUUCAUUUGAAUUUGUGCUGGCAUUCUAAUUUACACGGCGAAAGAAAAAAGAAACCAACUGAUCUAUUAAUAGCCUUGAAUAGAUUCGCCUUGCUUCAAAACAACAUGCUUAGCGCUGAACAGAAAAUAUAAAAUACAACUCUGGUCACUUCAUUUUACCGGCGCAUCGGCUUAUUAUUGUCCCAUCGUGCAUAGGUGGCUUAAAAAAUCAAAAAAUGCAUACAUAUACUUAAAAUUUUUUCGCAGUUGUUCAAAUAAUACUGGGUUAUCAUCAGUGGAAUUCAUUAGUCUUCAAUGAAAAUCGUUUGUAAACAAAAUUAAGUAAUAUGUGUUGAAGAAAUAUUCUUAGUUCUUGCGUAUGAAAUAUCAUAGAAACCUUUGUGUGGUUUGUGUUGUGUUAUUAAAUGAAAUAGAUUACAAAAAAAAUAUAUUUCCGCGAACAUGGAGCUGGACUUAGUUGCCGACGUGGUUUUUGUUAUUGAGGCUACAGCGGUGAAUGGUGCUUAUAUGAAUGAGCUAAAGAGUAAUUAUAUUGUGCCCACCAUUGAACAUUUCACGAAAGGCUGGCAAGUGGAUGAUGGUGAAUAUCUGAUAUCCGAGAGGCAUGCAACGCAAUAUGGAAUUGUAAUAUAUCGUACUGCAGCGAAUCUACUCGAUCCAGCAGUAUCCACUUACGGGCCGUUUGUAUGGCCUAAACAGGUGUUGGAAACCAUUGAACAGCUACCACUGGUUGGCGGUGGGAUGGAUUCCUGUGCAAACAUGAGCGAAGGCUUAGCAACGGCUCACUGUUGCUUCGAAGAUAUGAAGGAACGACGUUCACGACUGAUGAUUGACGCUCUGAAUGUGCAACGGCAUUGUAUAUUAAUAUGCAACAGCCCACCAUACUCCACUCCCGUAAUGGAAUGUUGGAAACAUUUGGGCAAAACUGUAGAGCAACUAGCAGCUUUGUUUCAUGAACGAAAAAUCAAUUUUUCCAUCAUAGCCCCACGUAAGAUGCCUGUGCUAUUCAAGUUAUUCAUGAAGGCGGAUGGCGAUCAGCCGGUAGCCGCUAAAAACUACGCUAAAAACAUUAGGCAUUUAGUACUUCUAAAAGGAUAUCAUCUAAAAGAGCGUCCACCAAGUCCGAACGCGAAUAAUGUAAAUGUUGGUGGUGGUGGUAUGCCAAAUCAAAUGGUUGCGCCCGUCGGUGCUGGCGGAAAUCCACAGUUGCAACAGCAGCAGCAGCAACAAGGUGGGCAAAUGCAAAUUGAUAACCAGCAAGGUGCUGGUCAGGUGUCGCAGGGCGCACAGCAUCCGGUAGGCGGAAUGAAUCCAGGACAACAACAACAAUCUCAGCAAGGCCCAAGUGGCCCGACUGGUUUAACACCACAACAAAUAAUGCAACAGCAGCAACAACAACAACAGCAACAACAACAACAGCAACAACAAUUUGUUAACCAAAAUCCGAAUCAAAAUCCGAACUUCCAGCCGAAUGUUAACAUAAAUCCUCAAAAUCGGUGGUUAUUCCAGGCGAACCAGCAGCAGCAGCCUGGUCAACCUCGUCCACCAUUUAUGGGUGGGUCAGGUGGCUUGCCCCCAGGCAUGGGACCAGGGGGUCCCAUGGUUGGCCCUAACCAAGGGCCAAUGGGUCCUGGUCAGAAUCCGAAUUCGGCACUCAUUUCACAGCUGAGUGCGCCACCAAAUCAGACAGUUAAUCCCUUACUGGCACAACAACAACAGCAAAUGCGCAUUCAAAUGCUUAACCAACAUCAGCAGCAACAGUUGCAGCAAAUGCAACAGCAACAGUUGCAGCAGCAACAAAAUCAAGCGCAACAACAGCAACAACAACAACAAGCCAUGGGCAAUGUAGCCGGUGGACAAGGACCUAAUCAAAAUGUGCCUGGAGCCGGACCUGGGCCGGGUAAUAUGCAACAGACAGUAUCAUCGUCUUCGGGAGGAUCCGGUGGGAAUGAUCCUUCACAGCAUCCACGAGAUCGCGAGAAGAUUUGGUCCGGUGUUCUUGAAUGGAAUGAGAAAGCCAAACCUGAUCAGCAAAAGGUGACACGUACGCUACAGUGUAGUGUUGCAACAAAUAUAAAAGACGGGGAGGCAGAGAUCAAAGCGGAGAAUUGGCCAUCAAAAUUACUCAUGCAACUUAUGCCUAAACAUCUCGUUGGCAAUAUUGGCGGCCAAUUCUUAAAGGAGUCUAAAAUGGUAGUUUUUAGGCCAACACCAUGUGAAGCGCUUGACACACUGUCGAAAGUGAUGGCAACUGGUUUUGCGGGAUGUGUGCAUUUUACCAAUCCUAUUGGUCCAGGGUGUGACAUCAAGGUUCUUAUACUAUUGUACACCCAAGAGAAAAACGCCUUCCUCGGCUUUAUUCCCAACAAUCAGACGAUGUUCGUCGAACGGCUGAGAAAGGUCAUACAGCAGAAACAAAUGGGGCAUGGCCAGCAGCAGCAGCAGCAGCAGCAUCAACAGCAGCAGCAACAACAACACCAACAACAGCAGCAAAUGCAGAAUGCUAUAAAUCACAUUCAAAAUGCACAGAUGUCCCAACAGCAACAGCAGAAACCUACACCAAUGGAUGUACAACAUCAAAUGGAACAGCAGCAGCAACAACAACAGCAGCAGCAGCAGCAGCAGCAGCAAAACUAUAACCAAUAUGCCCAACAAAUGAAUAUGCAAAUGGGUGGCCCUGGCAAUGGACCCGGUGGUCCCAUAGCGCAAGGGAGUGGUCCACCACCUGGUGUGAUAGGCAUGCAGCUUUCCGAUCCGCAUCAUCAGCAGCAAAUGACUUUGUUGCAGCAGCAACAACAACAACAACAGCAGCAGCAGCAACAACAACAGCAACGCAUGCCCAUGAUGGGUGGUCAAAAUGCGCAGAUGCAACAAGUCUCACCACACGCUGCCGCUGCCGCUGCAGCAGCUGCUGCGGCCAUGCAACAGCAGCAGCAGCAACAGCAGCAACAACGUAUGGUGCGCCCAAUGAUGAGCAACAACCCGGGCUUACGGUUGCUACUGCAACAACAGUCUGCGCCUGCUAAUCAAUUCCGACCACAGAUGGGCGGAGGUGGUGGCCCAGGAGGUCCAGGUGGACCUGUAGGUGGUCAAAUGGGUGGCGGCCCACCUAAUCAGAUGGGUGGUGGACCUGGCGGCGGUGUACCGAUGGGCCCAAAUCGUCCAUACGAUGAGAGCAAUUUUGAUUUUAUGUAAACUGACGAGAAAAUAUCGAUGACAAUUUAUGUUUGUGUUUAGUGUUUAAAGUACUAUACGCCAGCUUCUACUUUUUAUCAAUUGAUUAAAACUUACAGUUUACCGUUUUUUGUUUAAUAAUAGCUACAAUCCCUAGCAAUACAAACAAAAUGUUAUUCGAAAAAUGGAAGGUUUUUUUAAAGAGAAAAACACUAAUUCGUAAAUGCAGAUAUACAUUUUUUUAUCAUUUAAUUCCAUUAAUUAUAAUCUCCAAAAAAUAAAUAAAUAGCUU